CAUGAAAAAAGCAUGGCGGAUUGUCGUUCCCGUGCUGUGUAUUUUUAUUUUGACGUCUUUGUGUGAACUGUCUUUGUUUUAAAUCAGCGAUAUUUAUAGAAAAGUGUGAACAUUUAAUCAGUGAGUGUCGAUUAAAACCCACAAUGGGUCUACCAGACACCUGCAUCACCGAGGACAAGCUUCCUCAAUGCUGGUCGGACGAUGUGCGCAUGAAUGCACUUUUUGCACCCUUUCGUUUGAAAGCUGCAAACCCUGAAUCUUGGGACAUGAAGAUGAAGUUUUGGUCUGAUCUUCUGAGGCAGUAUUGCCGUUGGAAGAAGGACCCAGUGGUGUCUGCAGCAGAUUUAAAAUGCGCCUUCAUGAGGAAGGGUCGUACGCCUGCUUGCCUUGACAUUGUCGUGGAAGAAAUGUUCCGCAAUGGUGAUCUAGCACCACUAACGAAGUACCAGCAGAUCCUCCACAACGGGCCGGAGGGCUGGGUGCGUUGGGGCGCUCGCUUGGCGUUCAAGCCUGCCGCACUGGCUUUGACCGCUGUCACCUCACUCCUGCCAGCACGGCAGGCUAUUGACAAUGACGGGCUACCGAAAGCCAGCAUUGAUUCCACACAGAGAUUUGUGUGUGAAAGUGCUGUGAAGGAGCAAGCCACAGAACUUCUAGAAAACUUCCCAAAUGAUGCAGAGCGGAUAGGCACUGUAGACGAGCUGAUGAAGAUAUGCAAGUGGCAGCAGGGUCGGGACACUUUCGAGAUGCUGCUCGGGUAUCUGGUGUCCCAGGGUGCCGCUGUCAAGAAAGAUGAAGUCAUCAAACUGGCUGAGCCAAACAAGAAAGCCACACCAGUGACGGAGACCGACGAAGCCCUAGUGCGCUUGGUGGCAGCCGAGGCACGUUUGGAGUCGGAAGCCAACAAGCUGGUCCGCGAUGCCGCCGCCGCCGAGGCCGAAGCUAGAGCCGCCUUGCAGUUAGGCAACAGGCUUGCUGCUAAGAACCACCUCCGUCGCAAACACAAGCUACAGCAGCGUAUUGACCACACCGACGGCGCUCUACAAAACGUCAAGCAACUGUUGCAGCAGAUGCGAGAAGUUGACACCAACACCGCCAUAGUUGACACUUACAAGAUGACGUCGCAAGCGAUGAAGCGGAACAUGAAAGAGGGUGGCCUCGACGAGGACGCUGUACACGACACUAUGGACGACCUUAAAGAGGUGAUGGAGCAAUAUAACGAAGUGGAGAAGGCACUGGCAGGGUCUACAGAAGAUGUGGAUGCUGCAGAAUUGGAGCAAGAGCUUAAGGAACUGUUGUCCGGCCCUGCGGCGCCCCCUGGCGGCGGCGACAGGAGAGAAGUCCCCGUCCCAAAAACGCCACAGUCCAGAAAGAACCUGGAACCAGACUUCGUGUUUGAUGGUGAAGAGCGUGUGAUCGCUGAACUGAAUGAGCUCAGCGUUGAAGAUGCCUCUCCCAGAGCUCCGAGGACAAGGGUGCCAGUCGCUGAGGGCUGGGAACCUACUCCAACCGACAAACCGGAACGGAAGCCUUCACCCAAGCCUUCGCAGAGCUGGUACCCGCCCAGCGCUGAGUGCCUCCGCCCCGACACCACUUGGAACAACAACCCGGACCGCAGCUAUGAUGAGCUGCGACUCGAUGACAGGCUACACCCCGGGCAACCUCUGAACGUGGACUUCUCUUCACCAGCCAAACUGUACAGCUCCGACUUCCAAGUCCGGGACCACAAACUCCACUCCGGAGUGUGGUUAUACAACAGUAGAGACGACAACAGUAACCUUAACAACUCUUUCGGACCCAGUACACAGUACACGAGUAACGAGAGCCCGGGCAAGACGGGCGGCGGUUUCCAAAUGGCGCCCGGCGGGGAGCGCCGCCGCUCGCAGCCCGCCGCCGCCCCCCCCCCCCCCGCGCCCGCGCCCGGCUGGCCGCGCGAGCAGGACGACGUGGCGGAUAUAGAGCGCCGCCUGCACAACCUGAGGGGGUUCAACUUAUAAUCCACGGACUAGCCUGACAGGUAGGCUGGACACUAUAGUGAUAUAGCUUUAAGGAGUAUACUAAUAAAACAUGGACGUUAGCGUGACUGCAUCUACAAAGUGAUUGUGUUUUCACCGAUUAUCCAAAGACGGUUUACAUCGCCUACAGAACUUGAAAAUGUCCAACUUAGGCGCGUCACACACUGUCUUAAAAUUCAUAAUCUGGAAAUAACCUAACCACAAACUUAAAAUUUUGAAAAAACCCCCGACCGCGACAUAGUGGACCGAUUUUCA